GGCUUGGGGCCUUUGUGCAACUCCAAACGUUCCUUUGAAAGGUUGUGGGUAAGCGUCUAGAACUUCACGCCUUCUAACCUUCCAGCCAGUUAAUUUUCACCCAAAGCCAUCUCACCUGGGAGCAAAGCCUCCCUGACCAUGCUUGACCCCAAAGUCCUAGAAGUCCCCGCCGUGAUAUUUGACAAUGGCUCUGGACUGUGCAAAGCAGGUAUCGCUGGGGACAAUGUCCCCCGCUCGGUCAUCACCGCCAUCGUGGGCCGCUCCAAAGCCAAGGCCACCAUGUUGGGAGCUGGACAGAAGGAGUACUACGUUGGAGAAGAGGCACAGUCCAAGCGAGGGGUGCUGUCCCUGAACUAUCCCAUCGACCAUGGCAUCGUGACUUCCUGGGAUGACAUGGAACAUAUCUGGAGGCAUGUCUACGAGUGCGAGCUGAGAGUCCAGGCCAACGAGCACCCGGUCCUGCUGACGGAGGCUCCGCUCAACCCUCUGCAGAACCGGGAAAAGAUGACAGAGAUUAUGUUCGAGAGCUUUAAGGUGCCCGCCAUGUACGUGGCCGUCCAAGCCACGCUGGCCCUCUACGCCUCGGCCCGGACCACAGGAAUAGUCAUGGACAGUGGAGACGGGGUUACCCACACUGUGCCCAUCUAUGAGGGCUACUGCUUGCCCCAUGCAGUCUCCCGCCUCGACGUCGCGGGUCGGGACAUCACCGAGUACCUCAUGAGACUUCUGUUGGAAAGCGGACAUUCUUUUGUGAGCACUGCCGAGAGAGAGAUAGUGAAAGACAUUAAAGAGAGGCUGUGCUAUGUGACCUUCGACCCCAUCCAAGCCAUGAAAAUUAAGUCAGAAGAAAUCCUCAAAGAGUAUAAGUUACCAGAUGGAAACAUUAUCAAGAUUGGCAACCAGCUCUUCCGAGCCCCCGAAACCCUGUUUAUGCCAGCAAACAUUGGCGUCGAAGCCCCCGGGGUCCACAAGAUGCUCUUUAACAGUAUUCGAAAAUGUGACAUUGACGUUCGGAAAAACCUUUAUAGUAAUAUCUUACUCUCCGGAGGUUCCACGCUCUUCCACGGGCUGGACGAGCGGAUUCUGAAAGAGAUCCAGCUCCAGGCUCCCGGGGGCAUCUCGGUGAGGAUCAUCGCCCCACCGGAACGGAAGUACUGCGUGUGGAUCGGAGCUUCCAUCCUCACCUCCCUCACAUCUUUCAAACACAUGUGGAUCACGACAUCGGAUUACAAGGAGUUUGGCCCGACCAUGGUUCACCGGAAGUGUUUCUGAGAAGAGCAAGGGACUCCUCCCCACUCCCGCCCCCCCUACACACACGCAAGUGGAGUCUCAGGACAUCAGAGGGGUUUGUCUCAGGAAGCUGUGGACCAGUGAACUACCCUGCAUGCCGCCCACCGCUGUUGGUGUUUGAGGUAGCUGGACAAAGUUUAAAGAAAAAUAAAGAUUUGAAACCAACCAGAA